GGUCGCAGUUUUCUGAACCUUGGGGGGGAAAAAAGAUGCGGUCGUUUCAGACUUAAAUGGGAAGUGUGGUCGAUAUUUGUGAAGUUAAACGCAGGCUGAACCGCCACACUCGACCUCAGAGGGACGGUGCAGUGAGUAAAUCGAGGCCACUACUAGGAAUGCUACCUUAACCUGCCAUUGGCAAUCGAGAAGCAGCAUUAGUAGUAGAUGAACUUUCCACAGAUAGUCACCUGAAUUUUACAGACAUGACCAGCCAUUGAAGGUGCAAGUGGACUGGGUAAAAGCCUGUCACCAAGCUCCCACCACAUCCAUGUGUAUCAUUUUUAUCAAAUUUGACCCCCGGCCUGCAUCAAAAAAUGCCUACAGGCUAAUUUUGGCUGCAAACCGAGAUGAGUUCUACAACAGACCAUCGAAGGCUGCAGACUUUUGGGGGACCAAUAGUGACAUUCUCAGCGGUCUAGACCUGGAAAUUGGUAAAGAAGGAGGAUCAUGGCUGGGGAUCACCAAGAACGGGAAGCUGGCCGCCAUCACAAACUAUCUGGAAGGACGGCUCAACCCAGAUGCGCAAGGAAGAGGUUUCCUUGUUUCCAACUACCUUGUCGACAAGGACUUGGACAGCUAUGCCUACCUGAAGAAGGUCUCAGCAGAAAGUCAUCUGUAUAAUGGCUUCAAUCUUCUCACAGCAGAGUUCAAAACCAAACAAGAUCAUGUCUGUUACUAUGGAAACAGAGGAAGUACUGAGCCCAUCCGUCUAAAACCAGGAAUCUACAGCUUGAGUAAUUCACUUCUGGACACUCCAUGGAAAAAACUGCUGCAAGGCAAGCGGCACUUCACCAGCAUUGUCAACAACCAGUCACUGUCCUGCGAUGGACUUGUGCAAGAGCUGCUGGGUGUACUUAAUAAUGAAGAUCUAAAUUCGCCCGAUCCUGCUCAGGAGAGCCAAGGUGAGGGUUACAGCAAGUCCAUGAUCCAGGCCCUGUCAGCCGUGUGUGUUCGCACUCCUCAUUAUGGCACCAGGACCAAUACAAUUAUCCUGAUCGAUGCAGAGGGGAACGUGACCUUCACAGAGCGCACCAUGCUCAAUUGUGAUACAAAAAACUGGUGCACAAAUUCUUUCCAAUUCAAGCUGCAGACAUGAAGAUGUAAUGAAAGAAACUCACUUUGUGCCUAAUAGAUUCUACUUCUUGCAUUAUCAUCACCAAAUCAUCAUUUUGUAUUAAAGCUUCCUGUCACCAUAGCAACUAAUUGUAGCGUUUUGGACUCAACCCAGCAGCAGCUACUACCACAAUUAUUCCGUUUUUAUUUUUGACUAAGGUGUAAAUUAUAUCUGAAGAUUAUUUAAUGUUUUUUUUUUUGAUUAAAAUGAUUUUAAACAUUGGAAAUGUGUUGCAGUGUCAACUGCUGCCAGCAGCAAUCAGUUAAUCAGUCAUGUAACAUUUCAAAGACGUAACUCCAUUUUUCUUUUACCGGUAAAUCCAAUUUCAUUGUCCUUUGAGUUAUCUGCGAUUUAUACAUCUGUUGAGAGAUAAAGGAAAGCAGUUUA